AAAUCAUUCGAUACUGCUCUGCUCCUACUCGAUUGCGAGAACAGCUGAUCCGUGAGUAUUUGAAAAAUAUUGUUUCCAAUGAGCACGAAGAGACGUUGGUCGUAUCGAACCCUGUAGGAUCGAUUCCCAUUUCCCAUUUCAACGAGGAGCUCAAAGAAGAAGAAGAGCACAAGGAGACGAUCGGAAACUCUGAAAUAGUCCGAAACAAUUCUUGCAAACCAGAUGAUACGCGUACGUGUCAACGUAUAUGAGGACGUUACCGAUGAUUCAAUCAUGAAUGAUUCAGUCGUGGACAUUUCGCCUACCCUAAUAGACGUUAUCGAUUUAACUAAAGAAUCGCCAUCGGGAUCAGCCAGGACAUCAAGAUCACGUCAAAGAAAUGCCGGAGACGUAGCUUCUAGUGUAACCAACAGCUCAGCUUGUCGCUGUAGGAGACCCUUAUCCCCUAUAGUUGUAGGGAACAUACCGGAUGGUCAAACGAAAAAUCCUAGAAAGAAGAGAAGAAUGUCUCGUGCCACAAGCUCGAACGAAGUUUUGACCGUCGAUGACACGAAUAAAGAGGACGAUAAACCAUAUUGCAUAGUCGAAUCGGAUGAUAGGCAACCAAUACCUCUAACGUGUCCGAUAUGUCUCGAGUCGCUAACUUCCAAUUUAAAGCCCAUUACUACUCGUUGCGGACAUCUGUUUUGCAUAGAAUGUCUGGAGUCAUUCAUACGUAUAUCUAAAAAAUGUCCGACUUGUAAAACAGCUAUAACGUUAAAAUCUUGUACUCGUUUAUAUAUUUAACUGCUGUUAACAAAUGUCACAAGUCCAUAUCUUUUUAUAGUAUUUUAUUUUGUUUUAUUUAUAUACAAGUUCAAAAUUAUUAUAAAUCUGCUUUAGUUAUUUCUUUGUUCGUUAAAAAAAAAUACCCGAUCUGUAAAAUAGCUAUAGCAUAAAACCUCGUUUAUAUCUUUCAUUAUUAUUGACAGUUUCUAUAUCUCUUCUCUUAUUUUUCUAGUAUUUCGUUUUGUAAUUCCAUUUUGUGAUUCCAUUUGUACAUAAGUUUAUAAGUAUUAGAAGUUCAAUUAUUUCUUUGUCGUAGAAAGGUGUGUUGUAAUAUUUUUCUAAUUUUUAAAAAACAGAUCCAACAUAUAUGUUCUAUUAAUUAAUAUCUUAUUGUUAAACUUAUUUUGCUUCUGGAUAUAAGAUACUAAAUUUGUAGUAUUUAAAGGCCUCUAAUUAAAAAAAUUUGUUAUUCGAGAUUGAUCAAUUUCAACAAAUUUUGAUUUUCAAAAU